AUGGAACCACCAAUAAAAAAAGCCACUACCUCAAUUUCAUCCGAACGGGAUAAUAUUGAUAAACUUACUAAAGAAAACAGAGCCUUAAAACAAAAGGUUGAUAACCUGGAAAAGGAAAAUAGGUCACUAAAAAAAUCCAUCUAUGAUUUGACGGUGAAAUAUACAGCGGCAGCCGCAGCGCAUCAACAAAGGAUUAGCCCAUUUAUGAUUGAUUUUGAAGAACCACAAGAAGGUGGUGGAAAAGAAAUUAACUUGGGAAAUUCAACUGGUAAUAAUUCCCGGGAAAAUAUUCGAGAAAGAAGGACGUUUCAUCAAAAGUCGGAAUUUAAGGGCCAUGGUGGUGGUGUGGUUGCAAUACAAUUUUCUCCAUGCGGAAAGAUGCUUGCUUCUGGUUCUUUAGACAAAACAGUACGAAUAUGGGACACCAUAUCUCUACAAAAAGAGCAAGCUUGCUUAAAGGGACACACGCUCAAUGUUUCAGACGUGUGUUGGUCAAAUGAUUCUAGUGCAGUGUUGUCAGGGGCAUAUGAUCAAACAUGUAAAAUUUGGGAUAUUGAGACAAAUAAAAAUACUUAUACGUACGAAAGUGAAGGGUUUGUUCAAU